CCCAGAUCCUGCUGGCCCCUGAGGGUCUGGGGCCCCUGGGGGCAGUUACCCACUCUGCCUUGUUGUAAUCCUGCCUUGCAUGGAUCCUGUAUGCAUAAUCAAUUACAUCACCAGAAAAGCAGUCGGCACACAUGAGGCUGGGAGAUCUGGGGGCUCCAAGGGCCCUGGGGCAUUUGCUCAGCCGGAAUUCCGGCAUUGUAACGACGGUUAUCAUCAAGUAACUACAACACAAGAAGGUUUUCACGAGUGAUUUAAGACAUGAUACUGACCUGGUCUCAUACUGGCCCUUUCAGGCUCUUACUGCAUCUUAGGUGUUUGGUUUUAUGAACAGGACAAAGAUGGGGGGGAGUCAGUCUCGCCUUUGAAUGAGCUUCUUUACCGUCUUGCUUAUGUUGCGGCGUGCACAGGGGGGCAGUGUUCGGUCGUUAAUUGGCUCUUUCAUGACGAGAAGCCUGCUGCUGAUUGGUCGCCCGCGAAACAGCUGUAUCCAUAGUUCCAGCUGCUCGUGUCUCCGGCCAGAAAGAAAGCUGCCCGUAAUCUUAGAGCCCGAGAGCGUUAACGAGCCGAGUGUCGCCUCACGACCCGGCUGCCAUCUGCCGCGCAGGACGGGACCUGGAGACGUACCGCGAUGAAUCACGCACGCUGGAGUGUGUGUUGAAUCCAGGCCUCCAUCUCGCACCAGACGGCUCUUCUUACAUAUCUAAAGUGGGAGGGAAAGUUGUGUGCUGAGUGUGAAAUGUUAAAGCGACCGAGUAACAGGCUGGUUACACUCGCAGCGUAGUCAGCCAUUAUGUCACGUUACGGAGAGGGCGCAGCACGCCUGACCAUUGUUUAUUCUUGAGGGCUUCGUUCCGAGUGGCCCUGAGGACGGUGUGUAUGUGUUAAGCUGAGGACGGUGUGUGUGUGUGUGUGUGAGGCUGAGGACGGUGUGUGUGUGUGUGAAGCCCAUCCCACUCCGCUCCUCAGCCCUCUGCGCCUGCCGCUGUCACGCAGGAGCGUUUGGCGCUGCUCUGCCGGCUCUCUCGCACUCGGCCAGCCGCUGGACCCUGCAGGUAUGCUGCCGCCGCCGCCGCUGUAGGCACCGCGGCAGACACAAAGCAGCUCGACACACUUCCUUUUUUCUUUCUAUUUUAAGGUGACCGACUUCAUCCACGCUCCGCCCGCCGCUGGUCAGCCUGUGUGCCCGUAGACACCGUGGAAAAAAAAAACAAAAAAAACAAAAAACUCGCCCCCUGCUCCGAUACUCAGCGGUGUGUGUCUGCACGGGCUCUGACGGACUGUCGAUAAGUUUUCUAUCUAAUCGAUGAUCGUUGCGUCGACCGAGGGAGGUCCGAGCUGCCCGUUGGCCCGCCAGCGAGCUGACGUCUUGACGGACCGCUGAAUGGUUAACUGACAGCGAUGAGUGCUGAGAUUUCCCUCCGGUGAUACGGGAGAGCUGAUCUGGAGCCGCAGCAAAGCCGCCUGCCCCGACGCGUUUAUGCAGAGCCUUUGCAGGGUCAAGAUGCAGUUUCGGACUGUGCUGGACGUGAAAGUCGUGGACGUGGAGAAGAGGCGCAGUCCAUCCAAACACUACGUAUAUCUCAUUAAUGUCACCUACUCUGACAACACGUCCCACAUCAUCUACAGAAGAUACAGCAAAUUCUUUGACCUACAGAUGCAGAUACUCGACAAGUUCCCAAUUGAGGGAGGGCAGAAAGACCCAAAGAAGAGGAUCAUCCCGUUUCUCCCAGGCAAAAUCCUGUUCCGCAGGAGUCAUGUACGAGAUGUGGCAAUGAAGCGGCUGCGUUUCAUCGACGACUACUGCAGGGCGCUGGUGCGACUCCCCCCUCAGAUCUCUCAGAGUGAGGAAGUGCUGCGCUUCUUUGAAACAAAAGCCGAGGACAUCAACCCCCCAGUAGAGGACUAUGGCUCCAAGCGCAAGUCGGUAUGGAUGUACGGCUUUACAGACAGCCCAAGGAAAGAGGCCUCAGGGAUUGACAGCUCGGAGCCCAUGGUGCUGGAGCAGUACGUGGCCGUGGCCAGCUACGAGAGACAGGAGAACUCGGAGAUCAGCCUCAAGGCUGGCGAGACGGUGGAUGUGAUCGAGAAGAGCGAAAGUGGCUGGUGGUUUGUCAGCACAGCAGAGGAGCAGGGCUGGGUGCCGGCCACAUACCUGGACUCCCAGAAUGUAACCAGAGAUGAUUUGGAUCUGGGCACUUCCAGGACUGGAGAAGUCACUAAGAGACGCAAGGCACACCUGAAGAGGCUGGACCGCCGCUGGACCCUUGGGGGUAUAGUCAACCGCCAGCAGAGCAGAGAGGAGAAAUAUGUGACGAUACAGCCGUACACCAGUCAAGGGAAGGAUGAAGUCAGCUUUGAGAAAGGGGUCACCGUGGAGGUCAUCCAAAAGAACCUGGAGGGCUGGUGGUUUAUCAGAUACUUAGGGAAAGAGGGCUGGGCCCCUGCCUCCUACUUAAAAAAAGUGAAAGAGGAUUUUUCCCCUCGCAAGAAGACCCUGACAGGCCCUGUGGAGAUCAUUGGCAACAUCAUGGAGAUCAGCAACCUGUUGCAAAAGAAGUCGGUCAGUGAGAAGGACAUCCAGACAGACGGAGAGGGUAGCACCACACCCGAACGCCACAUCUCCAAGAGUGAGAUCAGCUUGCCCAUGCCCUUUAGUGCUGAAAUCAAUGCCGAGACAGGCAGGAGGCUGAGUGCAGGCCGUGACACCAACAGCCCAUGUCUGGGAAUAGCAGCAAGUGCUGCCCUGAAUGAAAAUAAAGCGAGAGGCGAGCCAGGGUCCCCAGCUGUUGCAAGAGUGGCACCGCAUAGAGUGGAAAUUGGCUUUGAUGCUAUAGGGUCUCCAAAUCUGAGACAAAAGCCUCCACCAAGAAGAGAAACCCACCUGGGAUUCCAGUUACCCAAGCCACCAGAGCCACCUGCUGUGGAAGCUGAGUAUUACACUAUUGCAGAUUUCCAGUCCUCCAUCUCUGAUGGCAUCAGUUUCCGUGGAGGACAAAAGGCUGAUGUGAUAGAGAAGAACCCAGGAGGCUGGUGGUAUGUGCAGAUUGGAGAGAUGGAGGGCUGGGCCCCCUGCUCCUACAUCGACAAGCGCAAGAAGCCCAACCUCAGCCGUCGGACCAGCACCCUCACAAGGCCCAAAGUCCCACCCCCAGCUCCACCUGUCAAAAAACAAGACUCAGAGGAGACGCCCCCUCCUGCUAACUCUGCCUCUCAAGCCUCAGAGCCACCAAGCAGACCUGUGUACGAGGAACCUGAAUAUGACGUACCAGCAAUCGGAUGCGAAGGUGAAUCAGACACAGAUUCCCUGAAGGAUGAGCGCAGUCUGGAUGUGAAACUAAGCAGCGUGGUCAGCGACAAGUAUCGCAGCUCCCCACCUUCCUGCAAGGCCUCUCCUCCAGUGUGCAAGGCGUCCCCUGUUUUCACUCAUCGAAGAUCAUCCUUCAGGUCUGUAGAGGAGGUUGCAAAAGAGGAGUGUAUCUAUGAGAAUGAUGGAUUUAGGCGAAGCAGUGGCAUAGAGGGAACUUCAACAGUCAAAGGUUCCAGUGAGCCAAAUUCCCCAAGGAGCUACCAUUCCUCCACAGUCCCACGCAAACCCUCUGGAUCCUCACCUUUAGCUGGUAGGCCCAUGAAGACCAUGACGCCAGAGAUGAGCCGGAGAAGCCAGACCCUUGGCAGACAUAUAGAUAUCAGCCUCAGAUCACAGGACAGCAGUCCCCACUCCUCAUCAGAUGAAUUGAACAGAGGCCCCAAGAAAGGCACUGCCUUUAGCAGGGAUGUGGAGCAGAGAAUAGGUCAGAGCCCAUCCACCAGGCCCAAGCCUUCUGUCAGACCUAAACCACUCCUGACCAAAUCAGAGCCCCAGAGUCCUGAGAGGAUGGAUAUUAGCUCUCUGAGACGGCAGCUGAGGCCUACAAGUCAGUUUCGACAUGGCCUCAAACCCACCCGUGGGGACGACUCUGAAACAGCCUCUGUUAUUUCGUCAGAGGACUCGAUGUGUUCGCGAAGUACCUCAGAUCUCUCUUCUGUUUACUCCAAAGGGAGCCGUGGUGACUCAGACGUGGAAGGCCCCAAUAUCUACCGCUCUCUCGACGCCUAUAAGAAGGUCCAGGAUUCUGAAAUCAGCUUUCCAGCCGGAGUUGAGGUUGAGAUUCUGGAGAAACAAGAGAGCGGUUGGUGGUACAUCCGUUGGGGAUCGGAGGAGGGGUGGGCUCCCUCAUACUACCUGGAACCUGUCAGACAAAUUGGUGAUCCAGGUGGUUUGGAAUCAGAUGGACAUGGAAGUGGAGGGAGCAAGUCCAACAGCCUGGAGAAAAAUGAGCAACACGUUUUGGCCCUCAAUAACAUCAAUAUUCAGGGUCUGAACCCACAGCAUCAAGGCUUGAGGAGGAACACUCCACCAAUUCCUUCCAAGCCUCCUGGUGGCUUCUCAAAGCCAUCUGGAAUAGUAAAUGGAGGGGUUCGGAUGAGGAAUGGGGUACGCCAGGUGGCAGUGAGGCCUCAGUCUGUAUUUGUGACCACGACACAGCCGGCUAAGGAUGGUCACUACAUGACUGGUUCUCUGAGGCGCAAUGACUCGCUUGGUCGAAGUGAUCACUAUGGCUCUGGUUCUGCCACUCUUGGUGUACGGAGAAAUGCCUCCUUCAGCACCGUUAGGCCACAUGUAGUUGUUGAAAGUCAGACAAGGCCUGCUGAGCGCUCCAGCCUGGGGUCCUCAGGGAGCUCAUUCAGCACGAGCAAUGUCCAGGAUGCUCUUAGCAGAGUUAACCAACGUAACGGCAUCCCUGUGUCCACAGUCCGACCCAAGCCCAUCGAGAAGAGCCAACUGAUCCACAAUAACCUUGGUAGGGAUGUGUAUGUGUCCAUCGCUGACUAUCGCGGCGAUGAGGAAACUAUGGGUUUCACUGAGGGUACGUGUCUGGAGGUUUUGGAGAGAAACCCCAAUGGCUGGUGGUACUGCCAGGUGCAGGACAGCCUGCUUCCCCGCAAGGGCUGGGUCCCUUCUAACUACCUAGAGCGCAAGAAAUAAAACCAACCCCACAUCCCUUCGGUAUCUUCAAGGACGUGGGUGGCAUCAAUUUUUAGGAAUUUAGCCCGCUAUCCCCCCUAAGCAAUAUGUCCUUGAAAAUGUACAUUUCUGAAAAUACUGUGUAAAAAAAAAAAGAUGUUUUAAUCUGAUAAGGAAGGACAUCUUUAGUGCUGGUUUACUAAAAUGUUUUUGAAGAGAAAUGUAAAGAUUUUUGUGGGACUGGUCAACCUUGAACAAGGAAAUUUGAGGAGGACAGUGUCUUUGAGUAACUAAAUGGUAUGAAUGGGAGUGAUAACCUCUUAAAGAGGUUUGCAUUGUGUAAUACUCCAGUUAAGCAGGGUAAUAGCUCUGCUUAUUUCUGCCCAUCACUGAUUAUGAUGGCCAAUAAGUGCCUUUUGUAUUUGUUCACCUAAAUGGUGGUCCUAAAUGGUGGAUGGCAAAACAUUAAAUCAACCAAAUCUUUUAAGAGUGCCAUAGGCCUAUGAACACCACCAAUAAUAUUUCCAUAAACAAUUUAGAGCUCCACUGUAGAUUGCUAACAAAAUGCAAACUUUCACUUUUAAGUUCUCUAAUUAGUACACAGAUGAAGAAAGGAAAAAACAAGAUUUAAGGAAUUCAAGUCACAGAAUAUAUUUGUUUUAAGCCACCAAGUCAUCGAGCAAACUAAAUCAACAUUUUAAUCCUUUUAUCAGUAUUUGUAUUUGUUGUUACAUUGUUCAUGUUAUAAUUAUGUUAAUGCAAGUGUUCUUUAGAGAAUUAUUUCUGCUUUCUUGUGACAUCUGUUUUCCACCGAGAGCCUGGAAUUGGAAACAUUGAAGUUCCUGCCUCAUGUCUCGUAUUAUCUGAUACAGGCAAAAUACACAGUAGCUGCUCAGGUUUGAUUAAUUGGCAUAGUUUUGUUGUAGAGCAUAAAUCCCCUUAACAAUAUGUUAAUAUUUGUGUUUUUAAUCCCAGAUGCAACUAUUUUGGAUAACACGUGUAAAAAAAAAAAAAAAUAGAAAAGAAAUAAAACAAAAAACCUGUUAAACUUGAAAAUAAUAGUUGGAAUGUUAUGUUUACUGGAAAAUCAAAGAAACAACAUGUAACCUUAUUGCUCCACAGAGCAAAACCACUUCUUAUCUAAAUAGCGAAUAACCUGAUUAAAUUUAAAAACACAUAAUUUACAAAGGUUUACUGUCAUUCCAGGAACAAUUGACUUUGUACAUAUUUUGUUCUGUAGACAUACUGAUAUUGCUGUUGCAGGGAUGCAUUGAAUAAGUACUGGAAAUGCAGGGAGAUAAUUGAAUCCCAGGGACAUAUUUGCACAGCAUUUAGCCCAAAAUGUGA